UCUGCACACACGCGGAGGCGUGGCCGGGGAGGGGCGGGGCUUUGUCCACAGCGUCACGUUAUCAGGAAGAAACGUCCACCGAGCGGAGAAGCGACCUGACUAAUGCAUUAUGCCAGAUGAGAUGGCGCGGCCUUUAAUCCGAGGCAGGGGUGUAGGAGGAGGCUCCGGGCGCCUCGAGGCCUCCACGUCUGAACCUGACGCCCCAGUUGUCGGCAUUCUGGGCACGGGCGACUUCUCCCGCUCGCUGGCCAGAAGGCUGGCGGCCUCCGGCUACCAAGUGGUGGUGGGAAGUCGAAACCCCAAGCGCUCUGCGGCUCUGUUCCCCGAGGAGGCUGAGGUAACGUCCCAGGUGGAGGCCGCCAGCCAGGCCGACCUGGUCUUUGUCGCGGUGUUCCCCGAACACCACUCCACGCUGGUGGAACUGAAGCCGACGCUCGCCGGAAAGACGCUGGUGGAUGUCAGCAAUGGGUUGAGCAUCAACCGAGACGGGCCUUCGAAUGCCGAGCAGCUAGCCAAGCUGUUCCCGGAGAGUUCUGUGGUCAAGGGGUUCAACACCAUAUCGGCUUGGACGCUCCAGGUGGGACCUCGGGAUGGUAACAGGCAGAUUUUGCUGUGUGGCAACAAUAGCACGGCCAAGAGCUCGGUGAUGCAGCUCUGUCGCAGAAUGGGUUUCGUCCCCGUCGACAUGGGCCUCCUCUCCUCCUCCCUCGAGGUCGAAAACCUCCCCCUCCGUCUCUUCCCCUCCUGGCGCGUCCCUGUCCUCUGCACCCUGUGCCUGUUCGCCUUCUUCUACGUGUACAACUUCCUCCGCGACGUCCUGCAGCCUUACAUUAUGGCGAAGAAGAAAUUCUUCUACAAAAUGCCCAUCGAGACUGUCAAUGCCACCCUCCCCGCCGUGGCCCUGGUGAUGCUGUCGCUGGUCUACCUGCCCGGCUUGUGCGGCGCUCUCCUCCAGCUGUGCUGGGGCACCAAGUACAACCGCUUCCCAUGUUGGCUGGACCGGUGGCUGACGAGCAGGAAGCAGCUGGGCCUGUGCAGCUUCUUGUGCGCGGCACUGCACGCCAUCUACAGCCUGUGUCUCCCCCUGAGGAAGUCCGCCUACUUUAAACUGCUCAUCGAUUCAAAACAGUUGAAGGAGGGGGACGUGUGGGUGGAAGCGGCGGUGUGGAGGAUGGAGCUGUACCUCUCGGUGGGCAUCAUGGCCCUCGGACUGCUCUCCCUGCUGGCUGUGAACUCGUUGCCCUCGGUGGCCAACACCGUCAACUGGAGGGAGUUCAGCUUCAUACAGUCCACACUAGGUUACUGCGCCUUGUCGAUGGCCACACUCCACACGCUCCUCUUCGGCUGGGACCGCGCCUUCGAUCUGGCCCGGUACCACUUCUUCCUUCCUCCCACCUUCGCGCUGGCCGUGGUUCUUCCCCUUACGGCCCUGCUGGGCCGACUGGUCCUGUUCGUGCCCUGCGUGGCCCGGCGGCUCGGGCUGAUCCGCCGCGGCUGGGAGAAGAGCCGGCACAUCCGCUUUGACCUGCCGGAUGAGGGCUGCUGCAACGGGCUGGAGGACGCCAGUUACGUGUGAGGGUCCAGACAAAAACCACCCGUGUGUGUCUCGUGAAUGUUCACAGCGGUCUCACAGGAGAUGUAUUAUUUAAACACUGUUGAAACGUAUUGAGGUCUCCUCUCUGAGGCCUUUUGAGAGGCCUGUGAGCGUCUUUAAAAGAUUAGCCGGUAGUUCCUUCGAAAUGGUUAACCAGUAGAGAUGUGCUCGUCAACCGUAUUGCACUAACAUAGUCACUAACGAAUAUUUAAUUAGUUAUGCUUUUCAGCUUUAACUUAUUGUUACGUGAACUGGUGAGAACAAUGUUGGCUUCUCGUUUCAUUUUAUGCAACUUUGGAGCAGCAACACAGAAUUUCGCCUCAGUUCACAUUUGAGUCUCUGAAAUGUUAUUGUUCUCUUCUUUUCACUCUGAUCAUCAGAAGCAGACAUGGCCUUGUGGAUUCCUGUCAGUAAUUUUUUUUUGGCUUCUUUUUAUGCACUUCAAGACUGCUCCAGACUUUUGUUUUAUUUAGUUUUUAUAUCUCUUUUUUUUUCUUUUUUUUUUGCACGUCAAACUGUUGGGUGAAUUAUCGGGCUGUGGGAUGGAGGAGAAGCGCAAAGAAUGUUACAUGAUGUGCCCCAAUUUAAACAUUUGCUGUCCUCCACUGUAAUGUGAAUGCAAAGCCAUUAUCAAGUAUAUGGCAAAUAAUGUAUGUACCUUUUUAAAAAAAAAACAACAUUUUGGCCAGUUUCUAGCUUCUGAAUCUGGUUUCACGUGCCAACUGAAAUGUAUGCGGGGAAAGUGCUGUUGUGUUUUGGUUCCAGUGUUAACUUUUGAAGAAGAAAAUUAAUCUGUGUUCCAAGAAUGUCCCCCCACCCCCCCAAAGUGUUGCUUUGCAUUGUCUAGUUUGGACAACGUUAGUUCCUUCUUUUAGACAUGGUUACCAUUAAGGUGUUGUACUGAACUGACCUGCUGAUCGGAACACAUUUGACUUACAAAAAUUUUAAAAAGGCUGUUAUCAAACUUUUUUGUUUUGUUUUGUUGCUGUUUUCUAAUACGAGCACGAAAUGCUGUUGUGCGAUUUCAGCCAUUUUUGUGGUGUUAUGAGUUUGUAGUCUCAGUUUUGUGUUCUUGCCAAAGAUCUUUCUCUGUUACGUGAUAAGUAGAUGUUCUCUGAAUCAAAAUGCCACAGUAGUUUACUUUUAACUUCGAACGCAUGAAUGUGAAGAAUUCAAAUGGAAAUUUCUCCAACAUAUAAUAAAUCUUUUUUUUUUCUA